UGGAUCUUUGAUUUAAGCGCGUUCGACUAAACAAGUAAACAGAGAGGCAGAGAGCAACCACAUUUCGGCCCGAUCGAUCCCAGCCUAGAUUCCCUAGCCCGGCCGGUGGGGAGCGAAUCCGGCAAAGCGACGGCGAGGGGAGCAGCGGUGGGGGAGCCAUGAAGCGCUGCUGCCUGCGGCUACAUAAGCCGCGCGCCUCCGUUUCGUUCUGUCGGGGACGAGGAGGAGGAGGAGGAGCAUGGCGCGGCAGCGGGGGAGCGUGGUGCUGCGGCGGAUCGAGGAUCGGAGGCGGCGGGGGAUCUGCUUUAGGAAGCGGCGGGCGGGGCUGGUUAAGAAGGCGGAGGAGCUCGCCGUGCUCUGCGACGCCCACGUCGGCCUCCUCGUCAUCAACCCCUUCGACGGCACCUUCCAACGCUUCGCCGCGCCCGCGACUAUGGAGAAUAUCAUCAAACGUUAUCAGAAUUUCCCAGAAGCACAAAAAAGAGCACAUGGAAGGAGCCUUCUCAAAGAGAGAAGAAGCAAGGAUUUUCAAGUUCCCAUAGUGACAACAGAUAGAAGGCCAAACAUUCAUGACAUGUCAAUUGAUGAAUCAAGCAUAUCCCAGUUGACCAUCGAACAGCUUAGCCAAAUUGAAAGAAAAUUGGAGUAUGCACUAAGGAGGGCAAAGACCAGGAAGGGGAAAGCAACGCUCGAGGAGAGGGAUAUGAUGGAGAUGGUCUCGAGGAAGGAGCAGGCAAGUGGAUUGAUCCAUGCAGUUAAUCAUAGCACUCGGUUUCGCCGUGGAGUUGAUGUCUUGCAUGUAAACAGAAGCAGGAGGGAGGAAGGUAUGUAACUAGAAGCCAGCAAAGCAGCAGGGAGGUGGAUUUGACGCUCAGCCUCGGCAUCGGCAUUGGCUGCAACGUUGGUUGCUCGCGCAGGCACCAAACGCCAAUUGACCUCAACAUGCCGUGACACAGACAUUUUCGGCUGGCUCAUGAGUUUCAUAGUUGCAGUGACGUUGCAUGUGAAGCACCAACAGAUUCUCCAGAAUUUGCCGCGAACAUUUUGAGUUGGCUUAAGUCAAAUCUGAAGCUAUCAUAAUUUCUGCACAGGUGCACAGCUUUUCACCCCAUUGCGUCUAGGGCUCGAUUAAGAGUUUGGUGUUCUUCUUGGGUUCGGUUGUACUAGCACAAGCUUACUGCACAAAAAGUGUGCAUUUGUGCUUAUCUCCACCAAAUUCAAGUUAUCUUCCAUGAGUACCAUGAUAUGUAUCUUCACUGAAACGAAUCCAUGAUUUGUGUUCAACUAAUGCAGUAAGGUACCCUUGGUUAUAGUGCACAACUCUGGUAAACUCAAGUUAU